AGUCUCCAUUCAGACUGUGAGACAUUCGCAACUCGCAAGUGUGAGGCGGCAGUGGCUCGCGUGCGCUCCUCUCCUCGCCCCGCGCCGCGUCAGCGUCCGCGCCCGCUCCGCUUGUGACUCUAUAAAGCAAUCUCCCCUCGCGCACUUUGACACAGUCACGGACGAACCACGUCCCUACAUCCAAACCGCUUUCACUUACGCUUAUCAAUUAUCAGUUAUCAUCACUAAGUGAGGAUAAAACAGUGGUCAUGUCAAACGAAGAAUGGGGAUACACCGGUGUCAAUGGUCCCUCCACAUGGACAGAAAAAUUCCCUGAAGCUCGAGGAGCCAGGCAGAGUCCAGUGGACAUCAUCACCUCCCGAGCAAGCAGCGGAGGAAGUGCACCUCCAUUCGUCUUCAACUACUCCGUGAACCAUACCCGCUCCGUGGUAAAUCCUGGUUACUGUUGGCGUGUGGACGAAAAUGGCUAUAGUUCAGAGCUACGCGGCGGUCCCCUGGGCUCUGACGUGUACAAGUUGGAGCAAUGGCACUGCCACUGGGGGGCCGUGGACGGCGAGGGAUCCGAGCACACCGUGGACGGCCGCUCCUUCUCCGGAGAACUGCAUCUGGUGCACUGGAACUCCAGCAAAUACGACAGCUUCACUCAGGCCGCUGGACAACCAGAUGGCUUAGCAGUAUUAGGCGUAUUUUUAGUGGUGGGUUCCAAACAUGACGAACUGGACAAGGUAGUUCGACUUCUGCCCUACAUCCAACACAGAGGAGACAAAGUGACGAUGUCAGAGCCCCUCAACCCCAAGAACCUUCUACCACGCCAGAUCGCCUACUGGACGUACCCUGGCUCUCUCACCACGCCGCCCUGCACCGAGUCUGUCACCUGGAUCUUAUUGAAGCAACCUGUAGAAGUCUCCGCUGAACAGUUAGCGUUGAUGCGGAAGUUGAGAUGUGGUGAGGCGUCGUGUGGCGUGGAAGCGAUGGAGCUAUUACAUAAUUACCGGCCAACACUUCCACUUGGCAAUCGAGAGAUGAGAGAUUACGGGGGAAACUAAAUUACUUACUCAACACAACUGAGUCAGGGCUAAGUAACUACUAAUAAACGGCCAUGAGAGACUUCUCGGAAGACCAAAAAACCUUCGAGUAUAAUGUAUAUUACACAUUUACCUCAACUAUGAAUAUGUUUAUCAUAAUCACUUAGAUAAUUUAUACGUCUUAAUGUGCUGUUACCGAUGUGAAAACGUCAAAAAGAAUAGUGGCGAACUGUUAGCCUCUAUUUUCACCACACUAAAACAAAGUGACUGACGAAUGACGAGUGUAAGACGUAGCAGUCGUGCACAUUAAACCUGUUGUUAUGCGUUGCCUAAAAACAAGAGCCUCUACCUAGACGAAUAGAAUAUCUAAGCAUAAUAAUAAAAUAAUAAUAUCUACAAGGAAAAGGAGUGUUUAGACUUAUGAUACGCUCGAAUAUAAAUAAGUUUAUCCUUACGUCAUAAGAUACGUCACCUUAGAAUAAUAACGCAUAGAAACCUCGUAUGAGUGUGAAAAGUGAGACAAUUAAAACUCAGCCGUAGUGGUUAACUUCUCUCGGCGAGCCGUCAGUACUCCGUCGAACAUAGCUCGCGAGUUAAUAUUUAAAAAAAAGAGACUUGGCUACGGCCUUUAAAAAAAAUAUAUGAUCGGACUUGACAUAAUACUGCGAAGAAAAAUGACAUGGCUGUAUGGGCUUGAACCCUUUGCCUGUCCUUAUAUUGGACUAAGAAACUAAAAAAAAUGAAGGGAUGUCAUAGAACUUCAGGAAAAAAUGAGAACUUAUACAUUGUUUUACGUUUAAAGCAAUAUUUUUGUUAAUCUGAGGAACGGAGACAUAUUCGGCUUACGCAAAAAAAGAGAUUUAAGUGGACACACGAUAUUACUCGUCUUUAGUUCUAAACGCGGCUUCUAUGCGUUAUUAUUCUUAGUACGUCACUAUAGCAACACCAAUG